ACCCAUCAACGAUGUCAGAGGAUAAUCCAACGGUGAAAAUGAUCCUAUCCUAGAGUACCAUGUUCAUUUGGGACAGCAUAGCACCACCAUGGCUUGCUCAGUGAAGCUCCAACAUGGCCAAUUUCCUCGGACUCAGGUUCCACACACAAUUUCCUUUGACAUGUUUUGUUGCUGGUAGUGCUUCCUCUUCUGCCAUUGCAGCUAAUCUAGUCAAGAACUGGAACCGAAGAGUUAAGGGUCCUCGCCGCAUGCUUUUGGGAUUUGGAGCUGCUUCAUUCUUGUCUCAGUUUGUGGGCAUGUCUGGUGGCAAGUCCUUCAUUGCUUCUGCAAGGAUAACUGGUGGUCCCUCUGUGGAUGAGAUACUUAAAAAUGUGGAAUGGCCAGAGCAGUUCCCCUUCAAGGAGGAGGAUUUCCUGCGAUAUGAUGAGUCACCAGAUACUAUGUUUUAUGAAUCCCCUCGAUUUGUGACGCACAUUGAUGACCCUGCAAUUGCUGCCCUGACUAAGUACUACUCCAAGGUGUUCCCACCCAGCAACUCUCCUGGAGUAAGCAUUUUGGAUAUGUGUAGCAGUUGGGUCAGCCAUUUUCCACCAGGAUACAGCCAAGAACGAGUGGUGGGAUUAGGCUUGAAUGAAGAAGAGCUGAAGAGGAACCCGGUCCUCACGGAAUAUAUUGUACAAGACUUAAAUGUGAACCCCAGACUUCCAUUUGAAGAUAACUCUUUCGACAUCAUCACUAAUGUGGUCAGUGUUGAUUAUAUAACAAAGCCUCUUGAUGUUUUCAAGGAGAUGUCCAGGAUACUCAAGCCAGGUGGACUGGCCAUAAUGAGCUUUUCAAACCGGUGCUUCUGGACAAAAGCCAUUUCUAUAUGGACAUCAACUGGGGAUGCUGAUCAUGUUAUGAUUGUUGGUUCAUAUUUCCAUUAUGCUGGUGGAUUUGAACCCCCUCAGGCUGUCGAUAUAUCUCCUAAUCCUGGACGCUCUGAUCCCAUGUACAUUGUGUACUCUAGGAAGGUCUCUACUGCUUGAGAUAAAUAUGAACUGAAAGAAUUUGUAUCAAUGUGUCUACUUAUCAGCAGUGACUCUGAUGGGAGAUUCUCUUCACAUUGUAUGUAAUUUUUAUUUUUAAAUUUUUUAAAGCAAUUUUUCUGAGCUAUCAACUAUAUUCUUGUGGCCUAUCAACAUAUGCAUUAUCCAGUAGAUAAAUAAAUUUAUUGAAUACACAAAUUGAA